AUGCACUAUCAACACCUAUGUGUCAUCAUCGCGCUUGUUUUUGUCGCAGUUGCGCAUUGUGACACAACAACGGUUUGUGAUUCUAGCGCAUGUCAAACUCCACUGACUGGUUUACAAAGUUCAAAUCGAUUUGUUCCAGCGGACUACACGAGAAAUCUCCUCAAUCCUGAUUAUUGGAUAGUGACGCCUGGAGGAAAUGUUAGUUACUUCAAUCUUUCGACUACACCGGCUUUAGCUGGUAUUGGUAUAGCUUUUACAUUGGUUAUGUUAGAACCCUGUGGUAUUAUUCUACCUCAUAUUCAUCCUCGUGGCUCCAAGGGUGUAUACAGUAUCACUGGAAAGUCACUUUUGGUAGGUUUCAUUCAAGAAAAUCGUGCACAAGUAGUUCUCAAUCAAAUUGGUAUUGGUUAUGCUGCGGCAAUUCCUCGAGGAGCCAUUCAUUUCGUACAGAACUUAGAUUGUUCUCCUUCUAUGCAGAUUGUCGCUUAUAACAAUGAAGAUCCCGGUCUUCUUACGCUUGGUUUGAACAUGUUUCGUUUUCCCGACGGUCCUCUAUCACCUGCGUUUGGUCAACCUGAUGAUUUCAUCAAUAACUUGAGAUCAAGUAUUCCCGGUUAUCCUCUCGACGUCAACAAAGAAUGCAGAAGAAAAUGUGGUCUGCCUACAUAA